GUUCUUGAAAGAAAAAAGUACAGUACUUUGUUGUAUUUGUACCGGUGGAAGGUAGCAGUUAUCCUAUGAAAUAGUUGAGGUGCGAGCAAGCUGGCUUAAACACCAAAGGCUAGAAGAGGCGUAAGUGGAGAAGGGUAGAGGGGCGGAACCAUUAUCCAUGAGUUUUGGAGGCUACAGUUGGUCCUAAGGAUCGGCGUCAACCGGAUCUUCUGGUCUAGAGGAAGAUGAAGAGAGGGAUAAGUGAAGAGAAAGUGAUGGGACCGAUGUUUCCAAGACUUCAUGUUAACGAUACAGAAAAAGGAGGUCCAAGAGCACCUCCGAGGAACAAGAUGGCGCUUUAUGAACAACUUAGUAUCCCUUCCCAACGAUACAAUCCCAGCGAUUUACCUGUUAACAAUAGUAACAGCGCGACUUUGGUCCAUCCUCACUCAAGCCAGGAGAAUGAACCUGAAAGAGAUGCAAUUUUCCCAAGACAACUUCCUGUUUUACGACAUCCAGUUGAGAAGCCACACGACCGUAGUACUGGUUCAAAUACUCCAUCGCGAGAAGGUACAUUGAAGCGGACUGAUCAACUAUUGCAGUUUAAACCGAGAGAGAAUCUUGUCAAUUCCUUUGGUGAAUCCCAGAAGACCGACAUAGUACAGUUGGAAUUCGCAUCUGAUUCUCAAGUUGAUUGCACUGUGUUUACCGGAUCUGUCAUAGAUGCUGACAACGACUCUCAGGAAGACAAGACAUGUAAAUCAUCACAAACACGAGAAAUGAACCAGAGCGAUGAACUAUCAGAGACUUCCAUGGUCGAAUUUGUAGCUGAAAUGAACAUAUCUCCUGAUGAUGUUGUUAGAAUGAUUGGAGAAAAGCAUUUCUGGAAAGCAAGACGAGCUAUUGCUGACCAGCAGAGAGCGCUUGCAGUUCAAGUAUUCGAGUUGCAUCGACUACUCAAGGUCCAGAAACUGAUAGCUGGUUCGCCAAAUGUGAAUCUCGAAGAUACUGCUUAUUUAGGCAAACCUUUAAAGAAGUUGUCUGCGAACAGACGUAGUGUCAAAGCACCUGAAAAUGUUCCGCGGACCAAGAAUGAUUCGGAUAAGCCUGAAUCUAGGAUGGAAUGCAAUGCUGAAAAUGAUGUAGGAAAGACAUGUUCUUCUGUUCAAAAUAGUAGCCAACCGUCUAGCUGCAGACCAGUUUCAGAAAAACAACGACCAACACCUGUAAAAUAUGAUUCCCUUACGAGUCCUUGGUGCUACAAUCAACCUCCCGGGCACCAAUGGUUGAUACCUGUGAUGUCUCCUUCUGAAGGACUCGUAUACAAGCCACACCCCGGACCUUCAGUCAUAAGUUCAGUAUAUGGAGGCUGUGGACCAGCAUAUGGACUGCCUUUUGCACCUCCAACUGGUCAUGACUACUUUCGUCCAUUUGGCAUGCCAGUUAUGAAUCCAGCAAUCCCAUCUCCAGAUCAAUAUCAAUCGAACCAGGUUGCUGCGACGCGUUCUCAAGGUCAGUUGUCAGGAAGGGGAGCUAAUAUUAACAUCCAACACCAGAACUCAAGUAACAUUGGGAGUGAGUAUGAUGGAGCCGUGCCAGAGGUUGUGAGAUUGUAUCCCUCUAGAGAUUCUGAGUUGCAUGCCAGCACUGCAAGUAGUCCGAGUCAAAGAGCUCGUGGAGUAAACGCGAGCAACUCCACGAGAGGAAGAAGUGCAUUUCGUCUCUUCCCAACUUCUCCAGCUAUUGACAAUUCCGUCCUUAGACCUCAGCCUCGUUUUCCUAACCACCCUGCCCGAGUGAUCAAAGUUGUACCUCAUAAUGCCCGAUCAGCUACAGAAUCUGCUGCUCGGAUUUUUCAGUCCAUACAAGAAGAGAGGAAACAGUAGUGACUCGGAUUUCUUUCUCAUCAAUAGGUAGUUCUUACUGGCUUGUGAAUGUGACCUUGAACUUCAUCUAUUUGUUGUUACCUCUUUGACUGUAUUGUUGUAAUUGGAUUCUAACUCAUCUGGUGAGCCACUUCGUAGAUAACAUUUCCUGAAGAGGCUAA